GUGAUGGGGGUCCUUAAUGAUUCAAGCCACCUUUUUGAGGCAUUGCCUUUUGAAGAUGUUACCGAUACUGGGAGGCCAGUGCCCACGGUGGAGCUGGCUGAGUCUCCACUUGGCCUUGGACAAUCUAGACAGGAGCAAUAACUAUGUCAGGGUUCUGUUUAUUGAUUACAGUUCAGUGUUCAAUACCAUCAGCCCCUCAGUACAAAUCCGCAUGCUUCAAAAUCUGGUCCUCUCUCCCUCGCUCUGCGGUUGGAUCCUUGACUUCCUCAUCAGGAGACACAGAUCAGAAAUAACAUCUCGUCACUGACAAGUCAACACCGAUGCACAUCAAGGAUGUGUGCUUUGCCCACUACUUUACUCCACACUUAUGACUGUGGUUAGCACAACUGAAAUGUCAUCUAUAAAUUUGCUGGUGACACAACUGUUACUGGCAGAACUUCAGAUGGUGACAGGGAGGUGUACAGGAGUGAGAUAGAUCAGCUGGUUGAGUGGAUUCACAACAACAAUCUUGCACUCAAUGUCAGUAACAACUAAGGAACUGAUUGUGAACUUCAGGAAGAAAUCGAAGGAAUACACACCAGCCCUUGUCAACAGUUUCAAGUUCUCUGGGUGUAAACAUUUCUGAAGAUCUAUCCUGCACCCAGUAUAUUGAUGCAAUUACAAAGAUGGCCAAGCAGCGGUUAUAUUUCAUCCAGAAUCUGAGAUUUGAGAUGUCGCCAAGGACUCCAGCAAAUUUUCACAGAUGUACGGUGGAGAGCAUUUUAAUUGUUUUCAUUACGCUCUGUUACAGAGGGGCUAUAGCACUGGAUUGGAAAACGUUGCAAAUCCGGCCAGAUCCAUCAUCGGCAUGAGCCUCCCAGCAUCAAAGACAUCUUGAAAAAGCAAAACCCUAAAAAGCUAUCUCUGUCAAAGCAAUGUCUUCCUACACCUGCAUGACAUGCCGUGUGGCAUUUACUGAUACUGAGGUUCAGAGAACACACUACAAAACCGACUGGCACAGGUAUAACCUGAAGCGUAAAGUAGCAGACAUGCCUCCCGUCACAGCUGAGAAUUUCCAAGAACGUGUGCUGGCCCAGAGAGCAGCUGUGGAAGAGCAGAACAAGGGAACGGCUACAGACUGCGCAACCUGUGACAAGAAAUUUGCCACCUUCAAUGCCUAUGAAAACCAUUUGAAAUCAAAGAAACACCUUGAUGCAGAAAAGAAGGCCGCCGGAAUUGCAAAUAAGGAGCUGGAAAGACUCAACAUAAAAAAUCUAGAAAAGGGGUUGAAUGAAGAGAGAAUGGAUAAAGACACAUUGAAUAGAGCCAUUCAACAGGCUGUGAAGGCCCAGCUUUCUCCUGCAGCAAAGAAGAGGACCAUUGAUCCUACAACUGGUGGUACUAAUGUAGCAGUGAGUAAGAAAAGGCCUGACAAACCUCCUCGGUUACUUUGGUUGGAACAACAAGCCAAAAAAAUGGGACAGGAUGAAUCCUCAGAAGAGGAGGAGGAUGUGGUGAUGGAGAUUGAAGGGGAUGGUGAUUGGGAGGAUAUAGACUCUGCUGAUGAGGUAGAAGAUGAAUUAGAAGAAAAUGAGAGCGAAGUUGAUAAAGGGUUGAGGGUAGACUCUCCACCUGCUGCCUUUCCGAUCACAGACUGCUUAUUCUGCUCUCACCAUUCACGAACUCUGUUAAAGAAUGUGAAUCAUAUGACAAAAUCCCAUGGUUUCUUUAUCCCCGAUAUUGAAUAUUUAGUGGAUCUAAGGGGGCUGAUAAAAUACUUGGGAGAAAAAGUUGCUGUAGGAAAUAUCUGCCUGUGGUGCAAUGAGAAGGGACGGUCUUUUUACUCACUCGAAGCUGUCCAGGCUCACAUGGUUGACAGCAGUCACUGUAAACUGUUCACAGAUGGUGAUGCUGCUAUUGAAUUUGCAGACUUCUAUGAUUUCAGUGAAAGUUAUCCUGAUCAGAAUGGAGAUGAUGUUGCAAUGAAAACUUCAGAGGUACCUUGUAGGAAUCUGGAAUAUAAUGAAGAAACAAUGGAGCUUGUGCUUCCUUCUGGUGCUAGAAUUGGUCACCGGUCAUUGCUGAGAUACUAUAAACAACACUUUGGUACCUCUAGAGCAGUGGCUAUGACUGGAACUCGUCAUGUCCUGGGAAGAUUGCUGCAGCAGUACAAGGCCCUUGGUUGGACAAGUGAGACUGCUAAAGAAGCAUCACAGAGAAAGGAGCGUGAUAUGCAGUAUGUGCAAAGAAUGAAAUCCAAGUGGAUGCUAAAGACUGCAAUGUCCAACAAUGCAACAAAGCAGAUGCACUUUAGACCGCAAGUUAUAUUCUAGAAACUGGACUGUAGUUAUCAGGUUGAUGAUGAGAUGAUAUCAAUACAGAUAAUUAACUGAUUUUUCAAGUUGCAUUGUAGGGUGAUUUGUGUAUUUUUGAUUCUUUAAUGCAUCACUUUCAGAUCUUAAAAUGUUGGUAAUUGUAAAACCUCAAACCAUAUCCUUUAACUUGUGUUCUACAGCACGCUGCUUAUUGUAAUUCAACUCAAUUUUAAUACAAAAUAAAUGUUCCGUAUUGUACAUGCCAUAAUUUAGCUGUAUAAAAUCUGGAACUCCAAAAGUAAUGAUGUUUAAAUGAGCAACUAAUAUAGCUCUGCUCUAUUACAUUUGUAUCUUUUCUAAUUACAUGUUAAAGUUUA